CUGUCAUAGUAUACGCCUCGGUCUCGCUACAUGUAAAUCGCCUCGAUUAUUUAGAUACAGGUAUAGUUACAAUAUUUUUUUUUAUAAUCGCCGCUGCAGCCGAGAUAUGUUUGAUAAUACCUAUAUUUAAUUUCACGACUCAAGUCACGAUCGUCACACGUCGGCAAACAAUAUCAAUAAUUGUAUACAACCACGGGAUUUAUUAUACUCAUAAUUAUUAGUAAUAAUAAUAUUAAUGCUGCAUUUGGAACCUAACGUCUUACAACAAUAGUGAUAUGGCAAAAUCCGAAUGCUUUUUUGGUUUUUUAAACAUAUGUGGAUGUGUUCUUUCAAUUGCCACGUUCAACAUGGGGUUUUUUGUACUUUGCAUCAUCAUAAUAACUAUUCUACUGUAUAAAGAGGAUAAAUUAAUGAUAGCUGACCAAACUUUAGCAAAGUCUUGCAAACCAAUAGUAAUUAUACUUUUAUUAUGCUUGCUAUGCUUGAUCCUUUACUUCAACAAUAAAUUGAAAAGAGCAACAUUUGUGCAUAAUAUUCUAUUCAUUCGGCAGUGGUUGAUGUUUCAUUGCAUAUUUUAUACAUUAUUAUCUACUUUAAUGUGUUAUAAUCUAUUUAUAAAUCUGCAUUAUAAAAUUGUCAUUAUCGCAGUUAUUACUAUUAUUGUUAUGGAAAUAUAUCAAAUACACAUAGUUCGAAGAUUUUAUAACAAUGAAUUAGAACACUUAGCCACUUCAAAUUGUAACAUAGACGAAACAACGUUUUUUAAUCCUACUCCAAUUCAAAUGAAGAAAAUAAGUGUAUAAAAAUACCAUUCUAAAAUACUAUAUUUCAUAAGAAUGUAUUUGGAUUUUUGUAUUAAAAGCAUUAAUAAAAUAAAAGUUUAUAAUUA